AUGGCAACUAAUCUUGUUAAACUUCAAACUGUCGAACAACUUUCACCAUUAGUUCUUCGUGUACUUGGUUGUAAUCCAGGUCCGAUGACAUUACAAGGUACAAAUACAUAUCUUAUUGGUAAAGGUCGUAAUCGAAUCUUACUUGAUGCUGGUCAAGGUGUUCCAGCCUAUGUUGAUGAACUUAAAAAUACUAUAACAAAAAAUAAUCUUGGAUUACAAGCAAUUCUUAUUACACAUUGGCAUCCUGAUCAUAUCUAUGGUAUUAAAGAUAUUCUUAAAUUAAUUAAUAAACCUGAUUUACCUGUUUAUAAACGUAAACUUAUUGUAAUGCCCGAUUUAACAAAAUUUAAAACAUAUGGUAUACGAGAAAAUCCAGAUAAAUUUGCUGAUUUUACAUUUAUUAAUAAUGGUACAGACGAAUUUACAAUUGAAACUGAAGGAGCACAUUUAAAAGCUAUUCAUACUCCUGGUCAUACAACUGAUCAUCUUUGUUAUUGGCUUGAAGAAGAACGAGCUCUAUUUUCUGGUGAUACCAUACUCGGUCAAGGUACAACGGAAUUUGAAGAUUUAUAUGAUUAUUUAAAUUCUCUUAAACUUAUUCUUAAUCUUUCACCUACAAAAAUUUAUCCUGGACAUGGUCCAGUCAUUGAAAAUCCUCGAGAAGCUCUUGAAUAUUACAUAUCUCAUCGUCAACAACGUAAUAAUCAAAUACUUGAUGCAUUAAAACAAUCUAAUGAUGGACUUGAUCCAGAUGAAAUAACAAAAAUUGUUUAUACGGAUUUACAUGAAACAUUAUUUUCUGCUGCUCGUCAUAAUGUUUGUAAUCAUUUACAAAUGCUUGAGAAACAAAAUCUUGUUUAUUUUAACGAUCAAAAUAAAAAAUGGUCAUUACGAUAUGGAAUAGAUAUUUUAGAAACCAAUGGCAAUUUUGAAAUAACAGAUAAAGUUAUUAAUCAUCUUGAUUCUUUGUUAUCGAUAUAUUACCAAAAUGUUAAUCAAAAUAAUAAUAAUAUUGAUAGUACUCUAAAUUUAUCUGAACAAGAUAAUGAAUUUCAAAAAUCUAAUUUAUUUUAUAACUUUUCAAAUUCUAUAAUAUCAUCAAAUAAUGAUAAUGAAAUUAUAAAAACAAAACAAUUUUCAUCAGAUAUUCAUUGUAUACCAAUUAAAUUACCAACAAUAGUUGAAAUACAACUUAGAAAUAAUCAACUUCUUAGAAAUGCUAUUCAUAAAUAUAGACGUCAUGAACGAUAUUUAAAUUUAUCUAAGAAGAAAAAAAUAUCUUCAAUAAAAACAACAGAUGAAGAAGAAGAAGAAGAAGAAGAUAUUCUAAUGAUUGAAGCUAAAUCUUUAUGUCCUAUGGAAUUAAAUGAUACAAUUGAUUCAUCAUCAGUUAUUCUUUCAAAAACUAAAGAAAGUCUUACAAAAUUAAUGAAUCAAAUUCAUAAUCAAUAUAAAAAUAAAAUUCAUAAAAAAACAAAUAAAUUAAUUGCUAAUAUUGAAGCUAUACUUAAAUUUAUAAUCAAUGAAGAAAUUACUUAUGAAUAUUUACAAAAUGAAAUAAAAAUACAUAAUCAACAAAAUCAAUCAAAACAAUUACGAAAAAAAAAGAAGAAUCAAAAUCAAACAAUUCAAAUAUUACCAUAUGAAAAUACAUAUGGACAAUUCUAUUAUCCUAAUCAAUUUAUACCAAUUGAACAAACAAUGAUCGAUAAAAUUGUUUAUGGUGUACAAGCUAUGGCAGUUGCAUUGACUAAUACAAAAGAUAUUGAAGAUGUUUUAAAUGGUAUUGUCAUGUUAGCUGAUCAAUCGACUUCUUCACUUUCUAAUCAAACAGAUAAUAAAAUAGCCGAUGAACUAAUGAGUACAAUACAAAAACAUUUUUUAACACAAAAACAAAUUUAUACAACCAAUCGUGAACGAAUACAUGUUCGUAUGGCAUUAAAUUUAAUUUUAGCUGAUAAUCGUUUAAAUGGUAAAACAAUGAUAUUUCAAUCAGAAUCAAUUAUUUUAUCUCGUAUGAUUCGAAAAAUUUUUUUAUGUACACAAAUACGAACUUUAUGUUCAUAUGGUGAUAUAAUUACAAUAAUUAAUGAUUCUGAUUAUCAUCAUAUACGUUUUCGUACAUAUAAACGAAUGUCAUUAUCAUUAGAUGAAUUUAUUGAAAUUCUUGGUGAAAUAUAUCAUACAUCUUAUGAUACAAUUGAAACAAUGAAAUAUUAUUUAGAUGCAAAUGAUAUUAUUGAUCUUAAUACAAAUCUUAUUUAUUCAUCAAUAUUAACAUCAAAACAAAUAAAUGAUAUGAUUAAAUAUAUUUUACGUGAAGAUGCUAUUAGACAAUUAAUAAAAUUAAUUUUUGAUCGAAUACGUAAUAAUGAUAAUCAUAUUAAUAAUCAACAUCGACAAUUUAAAUUAAAUCUUCCAAUGAAAUUAAAUGAUUUAUAUCAAACAAUUAAAAAAUUAAAUGCUUUUAUAAAUGAUUUACGUGCUAUAAUAUCUCAAAUAUGGUUAUUGCCAGAAAAUUUUAAUAUAUUAAUAUCUGAAAAAACGAUUACAUCUGAAAUAUUAGAUCAAUUCUAUAUUGAUUUUCAUACAAGAGAAGAUAUUGAUGAACGAUUAAAUAAAAUUUGUAAAAAAAUUCAAGAUCAUUUAAAUUUACAUAGUUGUAUAACACGUGUUGUACUUAAAAUGAUUUCUGAACAUUUCAAUAAUACAAUGCUUACACCAUUUCUUGAUGAAUUUAAUAAAAUUCCACGUUUUAUAUCAAUUAUUGAUAUAUUUGAUGAUUUAAUAACAUCAGGUCUUAUAUCAACAACUGAACUUCUUGUUUAUUCUAAACAAGAUAUUAUUAUUAAAAAAUCAUCUUUAUUAAAACAUUUUGAAUCUAUAUCAUUUUUUCAUAAACGUGAUGCUGAUUUACUUGGUGAAAUUACUUUAGUUAUGCGUGAAGAUGAUUUAAUUGAAUAUUUAACACAACGUGCUAUGAUAAUAAAACAAAUGUAUAUUAAUUCUAUAUUAAAUAAUGAUGAACGUCGAAAUUUUAUUACAAAUAAUCUUAUUGAAUCAACAAAAAGAUUAUCAUCUUUAUCUAUUCAUGAAUUUAUUCGUUAUUUUAAUCUUGAUCCAAAUUGUUGUAAAAUAUUCUAUUGGAUGGGUUUAACAGAUGAAAAUAUUGUUAAAACAUUAAUUGAAAUAAAAACUUUUGUUAAUGAAUAUACACUUGAUGGAAUUUACAAUAAUUUUCUCAUGAGACUUCAUGAUACAUUAGAAUCAGGUAUUUAUUAUAUAUCAACUGAAAAUUUAAUAAAUUCUGAUCAACAAAAAGAAUAUUUAACAAUUAAACAACAAAAUAAUAAUCAUAGUAUUCAUCAAAUUAUUGGUGAAAAUUUUUGUAAACUUGGUUGUUUUUUAACUUAUAAACAAGCUUCUAUUCUUAUUGAUUAUGCUGAUCCAGAAUAUGAACAUGAACUUUUAUCUUUAAUUACAAUACAUGAUAUUAUUUCACAAGAAAAUUUUAAAACUUUAUUAAAAUUAACAAAUAAUGAAAUUAAUUUUCAUGAACUUUCUACAAUAAUUCUUCCAAAACAACAAGUAAUUGAAUGUAAAAUUCUUCUUGAUUCAUUUCAUCAACGUAUUAAUUAUCGACAAAAACGUUUUAAACGCAUUGAAAAUUUACAAAAACUUCUUCUUUCAUCAAUAUUAAUUGAAAAAUUUCUAGAAAUAAUUUCUAAUUUAGGUAUAGAAUAUUUUACUCAUAUUGAACUUGAUUAUCUUGAAGAAAUAAAACUAAUUGAUAUUGGUGUACUUGCAAUUUUACUUACAUUACCAUCAUAUAAUCCUUUAAUUCAUCAACAUAAAUAUGAAUGGUUUCAUAUUAAAGAUAAUCUUAUUCAAAAUAAUGAACAAAUUUCUAACAUAUCACCAAACUAUUUACAUAUUCUUGAUCCAAUUAUUGAAAAAUAUUCUAUAUUUUUAACUACAAUUAUUAUACGAAUUAUUUCAAAUAAAGAACGUUUUGAGAAUAUCAAUGAAAUUUUACUAUCAAAUCCAGACUAUUAUUUAUCAACAGAAGAAGUUCUUAAAAUCUGUGCUUAUGAACAAAUAUUAACAUAUGAUAAUAUUCAAUAUAUUUGUCAAGAAAUAUUUCAUACUAAACAAAUAUUAAAUACAAACAAUCAAUUUCAUCAUGAACAAAAAUCAUCAAUUGAUAUGAAUUUAGGAAAUAUACAAGAACAAUCUAAUAAGAAAUCUUUAACUUUGAAUAUUGAUCAACAUGAUAAUGAUCGUAAAAGUGAAGAAAUAAAUAUUAGCAGCGAUAAACUACAAAAAGAAAAUAUUCAUAAUCCAAGACGUCAUGUGACAAGAUUAGAUUUACGUGAAACUAAUAUAAUACUUCAAUCAAUAUUUGAUUGUUACACUCGAAAUAUGUCUACGUAUACUCAUGAUUCUGUUCUUCGACAUAAAAUAGAACAAACAGUUAUAAUAACUAUAUUUGAUUAUAUUCUUCAUUUUAAUCAUCGAACUAUGAUCAAUGAACAAUUAAGACAAUUAUUCAAUGGAUUUAAACCUUUGGCUUUUUAUAAAGCUCAAUUAUUAAUUGAAAAAGAAAUUAUAAUUAUUAAAUUAUUAUUAAGCACACGUAAACGACAAGCACCAUUAACACUUCAUGAUUUAGAUAGAUAUCUCGAAUCAUAUCCAAUACAAUGUCGAUUAGAUAUAGUCAAUGAAUUACGUCAUUCAAAAAUCAUAUCACAAUCACUUACUAAUAAUUAUACAAUGAAUCAAUGUUAUGAAUUAAAAGUAACUACACUUGAAUCUCAAGCUAUAUUUCUUUUUUAUAUGAUGAUUAAAUUAAUUCAAAAAGAAGGUUAUAUUGAUGAAAUUAAUAUAAGAAAAAUUCUUAAUCAAUAUCAAACAAAUACUGAAAAUGAAAAAUUUAAUAUUAUUUAUAAAUAUAUUUUACGUAAUGGUUUUCUUACAAUUGAACAAAUAAUUCAAUCAGCUAAAGAUUUUUUUCUACAAGAUUAUCUUAAUGAAGAUAUACUUAAAAAUCAAUUAAGUGAAUAUAAAACUGUUAUUCAAGAACAAUUUUUAAUUAAUAUAUUUCAUCGUAAACAAUUAACUAAUACACAAUUUGAAUUAGCACUUAGUCAAAAUAUGCGUCGACGUCAAGUUAUUCAAACAAAUAUAUUAAGUAAUCAAAUAAAAUCUACUAAAAUAGCAAAAGAAAAAGUUCAACGAAAAGUUGAUCAUGUUCUUUUAAAAAUAGAUGAAAAUAUACAAUCAUAUUCUAAACCAACACAAAUAUCAUCUAAUUUAACAUAUAAUAAUCUUAUUAAACAACAUAAAUCUAUUAUUGAAAAUAAUCAACAAUUAUUAACAAUAAAUAAUGAAUUAUUACCAAAUUUACGUACAUUACGUCAUAAUUAUAUACAAUCGAAAAUACCACGAAAUCAAUUACAUUUAUUAGUUGAACAAGGUGGUUGGAAUAAUGAUAUAUAUAUUGAAUUUAAACGUGAACUUAAUAUUAUUGAUUCUAAUAAUUCAUUAGAUCUUAUACGACAUAUAACAUAUAAUAUAUCAUUAUUAAUUAAAGAAAAUGGUUCUAUUCCUGAAAAACCAUUAAUGAAACAUUUUCAACAACAUCAAAUUUUAUUUCUUGCAGAUUUUGAAUUAUUACUUAUGCGUUAUGGUAUGGUAGCAUUAGAAGAUCUUAUAGAUUUAUUAAUUGUUAGUAAAUUAGCUAAACCUAAUGAAAUUAAAUCUUAUGCUAAAACAAUAUUCUGUCUUAAUGUAAACAAAUUUAUGGAAAUAUCUAAAUCACAAGAAAAUGCCUUAGUAAAAAAACAUCAUGUACAAAAUAAUUUAGAAAAAAAAUUAUGUAUAACAACAACUGAUCUUUCUCAAUUACUUAAUCAUGUUCUUAAACUUGAUCGUCUUAAACGAAUCAUUGAUAUGAUGGCAACAAUUAAAAAUUAUAUACAUUUACAUCCAAUAAAUACAUUCAAUGCACUCAAAGCAUUGAAACUUGAAUUCGAUUUUAAUAAUUAUGAUAUGAAAUUUUUACGUGAUUUAAAACUAUUAAAUGAUACAUGGUAUAAAAGAUAUUUAUUAUCACAAACAAAUGAAAUAGAUUCAAGAGUUUCAGAAAUAAUUGAUGAAGAACAAGAACAAGAAGAUCAAGAUCAAUAUAAAUUUCAUUCGCCAAUAGAUGAAGAUUAUGAUUUAGAUGUAUUUAAUGAAUUAUUUGAAACAAAAGAAUCACAAUUAGACAUUAGUGAACAACAUAAACAAGCUUAUCUUGAAAAACUCAAAAAACAAAAAACUCAAAUCAUUUCAUCAAAACCAAAAGUAUCUACUGAUGAAGAUUCUCUUCAAUUAUCAAUUAAUCUAGAUGAUUUUCAUAAACAACAAGAAAUAAAAAAAGAUCAAACACAUUUUAUUGAACAAUUCUAUCCAAAUGCUUCAAUACUUGGACCUCAACUUCUUCUACCUUAUAUUUCUGAUAAUCAAAAACGAUUAUUUAUUGAAUUAGAUUUUGCUGAAGAACAAAAUAUUGACGAUUAUUAUUAUUAUAAACAAGAUCAACGAGAAUAUAUUACACAACAAAUGAAUAAAUAUUCUGAUGUAAUAGAAAAAGAAUCUAUUAAACUGCAAUCAAUGGAAACUUUUGAAUCACAAAUUAGAAUAUCGUCUCAAACAUCGGAUUUAAUACAAACGGAAGACGAUAAAACAAAAACAAUGAGUGAUUCAAAAGCUUCGAUUCUUCUAGAAUCAUCAACAAUUCAAGAUGAUACUAUCAAUGACAAAGAUAAACCAUUAGAUGAAGAGGAAUUGCAUAUAUCAUCAAUUCAAAUAUUAACUUCAGAAAAAUCAACUGAAUCGUUUCCACUGAUUGAUAAAAGACUUUCAUCAUUAACAGAUGAAAGUUUACAGCGAAAAUCGAUAUCACUUGUACUACCAAAUAUUAUUGAAGAUUUUUAUACUAUUCUCCUUGAAUCAUUUCAACAAAUGACAGAUACAGAACAAAUUUCAUUACAAAAAAAUUUACAAUUUAUCCGUCACAAUAUUAAUCAAUGGUUUCAACAAAUUCUACAAUAUAACGAACAAGUAUCAAAUCUUAUUCAAGAAAUAAAUCCUAUUGAUAAUAAUUAUGAAUAUUUUACUCAAUAUGAAUUAUUAACUAAUCAAUUAAAUACUUAUUUUCAUAAUGAAUUAAAUUUAUUUGAUAAAAAUUUUUCAUUUCUAAAUAAUUUAAAACUACAAAAUUUUUUUCAACAACGAAUUAAUCAAAUAGAAAAUAUUUUAAACGAACAAAAAAAUCAUCAAGAAUUAAUUAAAUAUGUACAUAAACAAAUUAUUGAUAUUGAACAAAUAAUUAAUGAAAUAAAUAUAGAUUCAAAAAAACAAGAAAUUUUUCAUAAUUUAAAUAAUCAAUUUCAUAAAUAUAAAAAUGAUUUUAAUCAAAUUCAAAAAUAUGAAUAUUUUCAAAUUCAACCUAUAUUAAGAACACAUCUUGAAUUAGCUAUUCGAACAUUUAAUAUAGAUUUACAAUAUAUAGAACAAAUUCUUAGUGAUAAAACAUUAACCGAUCUUAUUCCUAAUAAAUCAUCGAUUGUAAUAAAAACAUCUAUGCAAUCGAUUGAAUCACAAAUUUAUAACAAUAUAAUAUCAAUUCGAGAUAAUUUAUCAAUAAUAACAAUCAAUAUGAAAAAUUGUCAAAUAAUAAUUCCUGAAAAGAAAUUAUCACAAGAUUUACUAAGAAAAGAUAUUAAUGAUCGUCUUCAAACUAUUAAAAAUGAAUAUUUAGAACAGAAAAUAAAUGAAGAAAAAUUACAAUUGAUAAAAAUAAAUUUAGAUAAAUUUGAUCAACAACAAAUAGAAUUUAUUGAUAAAUUAGAAGAUAUUCAUAAUAUAUUAAAUAAAGAAUCUAAUAAAAUUCAGAAAUAUUUAUUAAAUAUUACAACUGCUCGUUAUCAUUCUAAUCAUCCAAAUUUUCCAUUAAAUGCUAAAUUAAAAUAUUUUCCAAUUGAUAAUUUAGGAAAUUUAAUAGAACAACCUUUGUGUCUUAUUAAUAAACAAAAUAUGCCUAUUUCAGACGAACUUAAUCUUAUUAGAUUACCAUAUGAAUCAGAUCGUUUUCAUAUUUCAAAUGAUAAACAUGAAUUAACAAUCGUUGAUAAAAAUGAAAUACCAUUAUCUGAACCGAUCACUUUUAAACAAUUGACAUCGGAAUCAAUUGAAUUUGAAUAUAUUGAUGAUAAUCAACAAACUAUUCAGAUUAUUGAAAUAGCAUCACAUCAUCCAAUUCAUAAAUCUAUUAUGCUUAAUGUAAAACCGGUUUCCUUUGAUAAAUUACCGACAAUUAAACAACCGGCAAGUCAAAUAUUAUUUGUUGUUGAUAAUAAUGAUCAACCACUUUCUAAACCAAUUCAAUUCCUAGAUCAUACUUAUUCAUCAUUGAAUAUUUCCGAUUUUAAUCUUGUUACUUUUCUAUAUGAUGAAAAAACUAAUGAACAAAUAUUAUUAACACCUGAACAAUAUCUAAUCUCUAUACAACAAGCUGAAUUUACACCAAGAAAAUUUAUUACAUAUAUUAUCAAUAAUAAAGAUAAAACAGUCAUAUCGGAACCUAUUCAAAUAUCAGAUAUUGGCAUUCAAAUACGAUAUUCCAUUGAAAAUAUAAUUUCGAAUAGAUUAAAUUUAUUUGAUAGAAAACGUUAUGAAUUAUUUACAUAUUUGAAAUUAUCUGAAAAUAAAAAUGAAUUUUUAAAAAUUCUAUCCGAUGAAUACGAAUUUAUCAAUGCUUAUAUACAAGAUCGACUUGAUAAAUUAAAAAUCGAAGAAAAAAUCAUUGAAUUAAUUAUACCUAUAUUAGACAAACAAUAUGAUGAUAUUUCAAUUGAUCAAAUCGAAUAUAAACGUGAACAAUCUAAUAUGGAUAAUCUUCUUAAUACAAUGAAAUCAUUUUUACAAUUAGAUGAAAAAUUAACUAAAUAUCGAAAAACUCAAAUAAUUGAACAAUUAGAAAUUCAAAAACUUGAAAAUAAUCUUAUUCAACAAUUAAUUCAAAUAUCUAUUCAACUUGAUGAUCCAUUAAUAAUUAAACAAGUUGAAAAUCUUACAAAUCAUAUGCAAAAUACACAACUUCUCAAUGAACUUCGACCUAUUAUUCUUUCUAGUAUUAAAAAUCGUGCAAAAAUAAUUGAAGAAAAAUUUGAAACUUUAUUAAUAAAUAUUCAUAAUAAAUCUCAUCAAUUAAAACAAUCAGAACAAAUUCAAUUUGAAUAUUUUCAAUUUUUAAAUACACGAUUUAAUGAAGAAAUAGAACAUGAAAAAAAUAUCGAAAAUUUAUAUGAUAAAAUUGAACGAAUGCAAUAUGAUCUUCAUCAAAAAAUCGCUGAUUCAUUAGAAACAAUAAAAGUUGAAGAUCUUAAUAAAGUAAUAAAGCAGUAUAUGUAUGAUAUAAAUCAAAUUAUAAUCCCUAAUUAUUUAAAAAAUAAAAAUGAAAAAUUAAUUUAUAUAUUUAAUUUUAUUCUUCAAUUUUUUCAUAAUAAAUUAAAAAUAAUUGAACAAUAUAAAAAAAAUAUAUUUAAUGAAUUAGAACAAUUUCAAAUAAAAUCAAUUGAUAAUAAUGAAAAUUUUUAUUUUCAACAAAUAAUUUUUAUUAAAAAUGAAAUAAAAAUAAAUAAUUAUAAGAAAUUAUUAAAAUUUAUUAAAAAAUUUAAAAUUUUAUUAUAUAAAUUAGAAAUAAUUAAUGAAAAAAAUUUACAAUAUAAUUUUCUUUAUUCAAAAUUUGAUCGAUUAUAUGAAAUAUUAAUAAAUAAUUAUCAAAUUAAUCUUCCUAUUAAAACAAAUAUUCAAUUCAUACGUGAUACAUUACACAGUAAUAAAAAAAAACUUAAGAAAGAAAUACGAGAAUUUGAUAUAACAAGAAAUGAAUUAUUACGAAAACUUGAUGUUUUAAAAAAGAAAGAAGAAUUAAAACAACGUAGUAUAUUAACUUCAAUUACUGAAGAAGAUCGAUUGAGUUCAUUAAGUGCGUACAUUCAACAAUCAGAAAUUGAACCAUUAAAUAUACAUCAUGAAUUUUAUGCAAUAAAAAUUCAACAAAUCACUAAUGAUCUAGUUUCUAUGUUUCAUAACAAGACUCCUGAAUCAAGUUUAUCUAAUAUGAAUUCAUUUAGCAAAACAUUCGAUCAUUUGAAAACUUAUGAACAAAUCCUAAAUAAACAAAAGAUUAACAAUGAAAACCAAUUAAAACAUAUUGAAGAUGAAAUUUCUAUAGCACGAAAAUAUUCAUUAUUUGAUAGUCUUGCUCGCGAACAAAUGGACAAUCUAAUAAGACAACAAAAUGAAUUUACAUAUCAUAAAGAAUUAAUUGUUAAAAUGCAAACAAUUCUAAAUGAAAUAAUUAAUCAAUUUUAUUCAUUAUUUAUUUCUAAUUUUGAACAAGAUAAAAACCAAGAACUAUUUAAACAAAUCAAACAGAGAGCUAUAGAUACAAUUAUUCAAUCUGUUCAAUAUGAACGUUUAUCUAAGCGUAUAUCUCCUCAUUUACUUGUAUUACAUAAACUAACUUCUGAACAAGAAUUAAUACAACCUUCAAUAAUACCAUGUCCAGUAAAAUUAUAUCAAUUAGAAAUAAAAACAUCCGUACAACAAGAAUCUCCAUAUGAAAUGUUUCAUUUUCAAUAUCAAUCAACAAUAAAUUUUCAAAAAGAUUUUAUUCAACAAAUUUCAUCAUUAGAUUCUAUAGAUUUAAAAAAUCAAAUUUUACAAAUUGAAAUUAAUUAUUUACAAAAACAAUAUGAUGAAUCGAUUGCUAUCGGUGAUUUUACUCGACAAUUAGCUACUGAACAAAUUAUUUCAAAUAAAUUACAAUUUAUUGAAUCUUUUCAAGAAAAAGAAAAAUCACAAAAAAUCAAUGAAAUAGAAAUUCAAAUUCCUUCAAUAAUUAAUAAUCAACAAUUAAAUGAACAUAAAAAAUCUAAAACUUCAAUAAAAAUAUCAAAAAUCAAUGAAAAAUCUCUUGAUACAAAUCAAGUUAAUGAACAAAUCCAUGAACUUUUAAAAAAUUAUGAUAAAAUUUUACAAAAACAUAUUCAAAAUGAUCAAGCAAAACUUUUUCAAACACAAAUUAAUAUUGAUCAAAUAAAAAAUCAAACAGAGAAAUUAUCUUCUACUUAUUUAGAACAAGCUCAAAAUGAAAUUGUUGAUCAACAAAUGAUUGAUUCUAUUGAAGAUCUUCAUCAAUUAAAAAAAUCUCUUGAAAAAUAUCAUCAAGAAAAUAAUCGUCAAAAACAAAUUGAUAUACAAUUUCAAAUCUUAGAUAAAAUUGAUCAAUUAGAUAAUCAAUCAAUUGUUCAUAAAACAAUAGAAAAUCUUCGUAAACAUCUUUAUAAAGAACAACAAGGUUUAUUAAUUCUUUCAUCAAAUAAACAAACAUAUAAUGAUACUCAUUUUCAAAUUUUACCAAUCUCAACUCAUCUAUCAGAAUCAUCAAUAAUGACUAUUGCUGAAGAAAAAAAAAUUAAAAAUAUUUCCAAACAAAUAACAAUCGAACCUGCUAUCAGUAAACUUAUACCAUCAAUUGAUUCAGUCGAACAAACUAAAGUCUCAUUAGUAACUACUAAUGCGAAAGAAUUAUAUCAAGAAUUAGAAAAAAUUAAAUAUUCAAUUGAAACAGCUUUUGAAAGUAUUCAACAAACAUCAGAUAUUGUAGAUGAUAAAAUUCCACCAAAAAUUCCACUACCAAUGAAAAGAGGUAUAACAAUUGAACAUGAUGAAGAAUAUAAUACAAUUGAAACUAUUCAUAAAAUUCGUGUACCUAAUCAAAGUCGUUUACAAUCAAAUUCUGUUGCAGCCAUGAAUAGUUCUUUAAUUCCAAUAAAUGAUAUACUUGAUUCAAAUAGUAUAUCUUCUUCUAAAAUAAUUGAUAUUCAAAAUGAUCCUAAAUAUCUCUCAUCACCAUUAACAAUAGUCGGAAAUGUUGAGAAAUAUUCAGUUAUCGAAAGAAAAUCUAAACAUCGGCAAAUUGCUACUUCAACACAACGAUCUAUUUCUCAAUCGAAACGAAAAUAUGGAGAAGUUUAUGUUCGACAUCGAUUUAUUGAUGUUAAUUCACCAAUAUCAAACAUUGAUGAACAACGAAAAACAAAUGAAGAAAAAUUUCGUGAAAAAAUCAAACGAAAAACACGUUUAGUCCAAUUGGAAAAAACAAAACAAGGUAAUACUGUUAUUCAUCGUCAAGUAGAUUUAUCAAAACGUGUUUUACUUAUUCCACAACGAGCAAUAUAUGAAGAAAAUCUUGAACCAAUACCACCAUUAAUUAAUAUGAAAGAUACAACUAAUUUUACAUUCAAUCAAACAAACACUUCUCCAUUAAAAUCUAGACAAUCGUUACCAUUAAUAUCGAUAUCUGAUGUCAAUACGAUUGAUUAUCAUAAUCAAAAAUUUGAAAUGAAACUACCACCUUAUUCUACAACUAUUCUUUCUCCUGUUGAAGAAGUGCCAGAAGAAAUUGAGAUAUCUGAAGACAUACCAUUUACUACAAUGGAUAAAGAUUCAUUAACAAAAUAUCAAUCAGUUGAUACAACAAAUAAAAUUACUGAAUUAGUGACUUUUGAUAAUAAUAAAAUAUUAAAUUCUCUUCAAGAAAUACCUUUAAACUUAUCGACUACGAUUCCAUCUGUAGAAGAAACAUCACAACAAAAAAUCGAUGAAAAUAAACGAGUCACAGUAUCUUAUUCUUCUUUACCUGAUGAUCUUUCAUCAAUAUUGAAUAUUUCUCAAAGAAAAAGUUCAAUAAUAUCUCAACAAUCAAAAGAACAAAAAAUUCUUAACAAGAGAUCAUCAAAAAAAAAACAUCAAUCAGUCAUUAUCAAACAAAUCGAAGAUGUUGAACUAGUUCCAACAACAAAUGAUGAAUCUCUUUCUCUUCAAGCUUUUAAUAUCGAACAAGAAAAUCAAGAAAUUCAACCUUCUAUUUCAAUUACAUCUGAAAGUAAAGUCAUCUAUCAUAAAGUUGGUGGUAAAAUGAAGAAGAAAAAGAAGAAAAAGAAAAAAUCAAAAAAAAUCAAACAAACAAAUACGCAUGAUAAUAGAAUAAAAAAGAAAGAGAAGAAAAUCGAAAUAAAAUCUCAAGAAGAAUCAUCAAUCAUUAUUCCACGUAAAGCCGUUCCAUUUAUUUCUACUACUCAAGAUAAACAAAUUGAUGUUGAAGAUGAUCCUAUAAUAAAAUAUAAAAAGAAGAAACGAAAACGUUCAUCUAAAUCAACUCGUAAAUAUUCCCGAUCUCGAUCAUCAAGUAAAAGUAAAUUAACAACGAGAAAGAAAAACAAAAGUAAACAUCGAUUAAAAAGAAAAUUAAAUGAAGAAGAAAAAUCAGAAAAUAUUCAAAUCGAAUCAAAAUCUAUUAAAAAUAAAGAUGCUAUUACAAUGCAUUUACUUAAUGUAAAACGUUUUACAGUUCCACCUAUAUCUAUUAUUACUUUUGAUCAAACACAUCAUAAAUAUAAUGAUAUAAAUGAAAUAAAAAAUGAAAAAUUUGAACAAUCACGUUUACAUUUACUUAAACCAAUGAUAAAAAAUUUUGAACUUGAUAAAAAUUUUCAAAAAUGUUAUAAAGAAAUUCAUAAUAUUGAUGCAUAUGAUCUUGAUAAAGAAUUAUUUGAUUUUAAUAAUGAUACAAAAGAAAUUGAUCAACCAGCUAUGUUUACAGAAUAUAUUCCUGAAUUUUUUCAAAAACAAGCAGAAGAAAAACAAAUUCGUCGUAUUUCAUUAACAGCAAUUAAAACAGAUGAAAAUUUUAUCAAACGUCUUGCUCCAAGAAUAUCAAAUUUAUAUAAUGGUUGGCAACCAAGUGAUACAAUUUGUGCACAUACGGAUGAAUUUCGUCCAUUAAAUAAAUAUUUUAUGUCAGAUAUAUCAUAUUACUUUGAUGAUAAUUUUAUAGAUGAAUCAGGUUUAUUUCAAAAUGAAAGAAAUUUAGAUAUAAUUGAAUCUCGAAUUAAACAAACAACUCAACGUUUUCGUGAUGAUUAUAUUGUUAAAGAAUUUUUUAAUUGUUGGAAAGAUUAUACUGUAAAACAAGCUCGUAUUGUUGAAUUAAGACGAAAACGUGUUACAAUUGAUUUUCGUGAAUUUUGGUUUCAAGAUGCUUUUUCUGAUCCAUUCUAUUCAUAUUUUGAACAACCAUUAGAUUAUAUUAAAAAACAAGAUAAUUAUCAUCAAAUGGCAUAUCGUUUACAUAAACGUCUUGUACGUACAGGUCGUGAACAACCAAAAGAUACAAUGAAAAAUAUAAAUCGUUCUUCAUUUUUACCUAUACUUUUUAAUUUACCAAAAAAUAAUCUCGAUCGACAAGUAUCUCUUAAUCGACGUCGUCAAUUGAUUAAUUAUGAUAAUAAUAAUAAUAAUAAUAAUGAAAAUUAUCUUAUACCUUUAUCAAAUUUAAUAACACAUCAUGAUGAAAUUUUAUCAUUAAUACGUGAACGUAUUAAUUUUUUAAAUCGUACUAAAACUUAUAUUAAUAUACAUCGUGAUGAAUUAGUUAUUAAAGAACUUUUAUUAAAAAGUUCAUUAUUACAACAAGGUACAAUUAAAGAUUUAGAUAAAUUAAUUAUUGAUUAUUAUUCAUCUAAUGAACAACAAGAUAUAAAAAUUUUAUCGAAAUCAUCUAGUAAUAUUGUUAAAUUACCUAUGUUGAAAUCAUCACCAUCACUUAUCUCUAAAUCAAAUUCAAAAUUAUCUCGUCAAACAAUGACUAUUUCACAAUAG